GGUAGGACGGUAGGGGAGGUAACGCGGUGGGAGCAUAUCCAGUCAGUGUCCCUUUUAUCCCUGGGACACAUCACAGCCAGAGAGGAGAGGGAUCCAGAUCCAGAGACGGACUGCAGGAGGACACACAUCGAGCAGGAUGAACUUUGCUGCGCAGUUAUUCUACUCCAGCUACCUGAGUGAGCGACUCGAGCGUCUGUAUGCACCCAGACCUGCGCUCAAAGGCAGCGAGGAGAAUGACCCCUUCUGGCAGAGAGAUGAGUUGUGUUUGGGUUCCGCUCAGCCUGGAUGUUCUUUUAAAUCCGGCCCCGUCACAAAUGGCACAGCGGGCCGCAGACCCACCCUCAUCGAACCGGAGCGGCUGAAAGACUUCGGUGAGGAAGACCUCCUGAACGGGGACGUGAAGGUCCAUGACGUCAAAGUGACAGAGACUCCUGAGCUCGUUCUCAUGGAUCCUCCGAAAACCAGACGUCUCAGCGAGUUCAGGGUCGCCACCAGACCGGCUCCUCAGUUCCUGCGCUUUGAGGACAUCAGCGCCGCCGCCUUCAGGAUCCAGACGGAGCUACAGAAGACACCCUGCACGUACUCCAGACUGUCCAAACAGUACGGGAUGGAGAUCUACCUGAAGAAGGAGCACCUGCACUACACGGGCUCAGUGAAGGAGAGAGGAGUCCUGUACCUGCUCUGCUCCCUCACACAGGAGCAGCAGAGGAAAGGAGUGAUCGUGGCCAGUGACUGUAACUUCUCGAUGGCCGUGGCUCAUCACGCCGUGGAGCUGAAGAUCCCGGUGUUCGUCAUCAUGCCGUCAUGCUGCUCCUCGCCACGCCUCAGGAUCUACAGAGACUACGGGGCCAUGGUCAUCUCCUACGGCAGCACAGGACACGACUCCCAGAAACACGCCCGCCACCUGGCCUCAGAGAACGGAUACAUGUACCUGGAAGAAGAUGAGAGUGCAGCGUAUCUGGCAGGUCUGGGUACAGUUGGCAUGGAGAUCUACGAGCAAGUUCCUAAACUGGAUGCAGUGAUUGUUCCUGCAGCUGGGCAGUACGGUCUACUGGCCGGUACAGCUGCAGCCAUUAAACACAUCAACUCUAAAAUCCUUGUCAUAGGAAUCGAGCCUGAAAGUUUCCCUUUGCUGCUUCAGUCUCUGAAAACUGACCGUCCAGUCAAAGACAUUCACAGCAACCUCAACAGGAAACUCUACGGAGAUCUCAUGGAGCGUUCGCUCGGUGAAAACACCUUCCGGCUGGCAAAGAAACUCGUGGAUAGAGUCAUUUCUGUCAGUGAGGAGGACUCUCUGGUGGCCAUGUUGCGGUUUCAGGAAUUUGAACGCUCCACAGUGGACACAGAGGGAGCCAUGGGACUGGCAGCCAUCUUGGCUGGACAACUACCAGAACUAAGAGGCAAAAAGGUUGCUGUAGUGGUGACCAGUGCUAACAUGGACCUGGAGCUGGUCCGGCAGUGUGUGGACCGGGCUCUGGUGCUGGACGAUCGGGUUAGCAAGUUCUCUGUGCAGCUGGGAGAAUGGCCAGGAGACAUGGCUAAGCUGCUCGACUUCCUGUCCAGAGAGGACGUCAGGCUGUUGGAUGUCUGCCAUCGGAGACAAGGUGACAAGACAGAUCUGUUCAAAGCAAAGGUGGAGUGUGUGGUGGAAACCAGGGACAGGACACAGAGCGCUCAGCUGCGUAAGACGCUGGGUGAGCGCUACCCGUCUGUUUGCUGGCUGGACCGGUGAUCGCCUCCACCAAAUGAACAUUUACUGAUAAAACAGUAAAAAAGAAGAGGAAAAUAUAUAUUCAUAAAAUCUGUGACGACGUGCAAACACAUCCUGUAGCUGCACAUGUGAUAUAUAUUAACUCUGUUUCAAGGAACUCAUUAUCUCAUCAAGAAAACUGCUGUUAACCAAACAUACUGACUUUAUAUCAAUAUGGACAGUGCGUCUCCAUCUCCUCCUGUCAUACAAUAGUGAAGCCAAAAUACCCCUGUCACUACUCAGAAAAAUGAAAAUUAGGACAUAACCCGCAUCAUAAGAACUAACCAUCAUGACAGAUGAUAAUUUAUUUGACGAGAAGUUUAACUUUUUAGUUCGACUUAUGUCCCAUCUGUUAACAUGGAGGAGGCGGGGUUUAUGACCUAUUUAGCAGCCAGUCAUCAGGGGGAGCUCUAAAUCUUUUGGCUUCACUCCCAGGCGGCUGUUUCUCUGUCCAUCUUAAUAUACAGUCUAUGGCAAAACAAUGUGUGUACAGAAAGCCUUGAGAUUAUAGACACUUCAUGUUAACUCUGUUACUUUUGCUGCUAAUAAGAAAUAUCACACUGGAGGCUCUGCAGCGUGAUAUUACUUUGAUAUAAAAGUUCUGUGAGCUGAUUAUAGAAGUAAACAGUGAUGAUCAACAACUGUUUAUUAUUUGUGUUUAUUUUAUCAUUCAAUUUUGCUUCACAACACAACUACUACUAGCC